AAUUCAUAUUCACACCUUCAAUCCCUCAUCCAUCCCUCAAGAUUCUAACCCUAAUCGUAAAUUUCACAUCUUGAUCGCGUUGAUUUUGAUUACUCCGAUCCCUCGAAGGCUUCAUUAGCUGUUUCAAGAUACGUUCAAUCAACAGGGUUGGGUAUGGAUUGGGUUUGAUUCGUUAUUAGAUUAUAUUUGAAACUGUAACUUGAAAGCAUCUAUGGAGGCUUGUGAUGAAUGAUCGGCUUUCUGGAACAAAUGGGUUCUGUCAUCGAUGUUGUUUGGGACCCUAAUGGAUGCAAUGAUCAACAAUUUUCUGACUUCGAAUUCGAAACAUCGUUCAUGAGUCAUGAGGGUUAUGAUCAUGGGAAGGACUCUUGGAUCGAGUAUGUCAAAGAAAGCGGAUAAAAGAUUCUCCGUGAAGACAGAUGUAUCUCUUUUCAAGAGGCUUGGAAAAGGAAAUCAAGAAAAUAUUGCAAGAAAUCAUCAAGUGCAAACUGCAGUCUGCAAAUAUUGGUUGGAAGGAAGAUGCACCAGAAAUCCAUGCAAAUUUUUGCACUCACAACCAGCUAAAACUUCAUCCAAACAAUCAAAGUAUACUUGGAAGAAUCCCGUUUCUUUUAAAUCUGAGAAUUCACCGCCCAUUGAGAAUGCUCAACGAACCAUUUUGAAGAACAAACUGGACUGUUGCCAAAAUCAGAGUAAAAGUACCCUGAAGACCCAACAAAAGUUGACCGAAGUAAAUGUUGGUCAAAGUAAAAGCAUCCCAAAGAUCCAGCAGAAGAAGCAUAAGUUGUGUAAUUACUGGGUGACUGAGAGCUGCAAAAAGGGCGAUAAGUGUGAAAACUUGCAUUCAUGGUUCAGUGGUAAUGGGCUCUCAAUGGUGUCUCGGUUGGAAGGGCAUACUAAGGCCGUAACUGGGAUUGCGUUGCCAUCUGGAUCCAACAAGCUUUAUUGUGGUAGCAAGGACAAAUCUUUGCGAGUUUGGGAUUGUAAUAGUGGACAGUGUGGGGCGGUUCUUGACUUUGAUGACGAGUGUGCGACUUUGGUCAAUGAAGGUCCGUGGAUUUUUGUUGGGCUGCGAGAUAUGAUUAAGGCUUGGAACCUCAACACACAGCAUGAACUCGUCAUUCGAGGAAAUGGUGGUCAAGUUAACGCAAUUACUAUGUUUGAAGACAUUCUUUUUGCUGGAAUGGAGGAUGGUACUGUAUUGUCUUGGAAAUCUACUUCAGAAACCAGUUUCUCCGGAGAACCAACAUCUUUGGUGGGUCACACCAAAUCCGUACUUUCGCUUAUUGUUGGAGCUAAAAGGCUCUUCUCGGGUUCUGCCGACCAAACUAUACGAGUGUGGGAUGCUGAAUCUCUAGAGUGUGUGCAUGUUUUAAAUGGGCAUACGGAUGAUGUAACAACGGUUCUAUGUUGGGAUCAUUAUUUGUUGUCGGGUUCCUUGGAUAAAAAGAUUAAGGUUUGGGCUGCAACCGGAAGUGGCAACAUUGAGGAAGUUUACGAACAUGAUGUGGAUGAUGGUGUUCUUGCUUUUUGUGGGAUGCAUGAUGCAGAAGCGAAGCCGAUCUUGCUAUGUUCAUGCAAAGACAAUGGUGUCUGCUUAUACGAUCUGCCCUCGUUUGUUGGAAGGGGUCGAGUUUUAUCGACGGUGGACAUUCAAACAACCCAAAUAGGUCAUGGGGGUCUGUUCUUUACGGGUGAUGCGGCAGGGUUGGUCUCGGUUUGGAAACUACAUGGAGAACCCGAAUGCAAAUCCAGUUAAACGCAAACGAGAAUACGUUUAGUCGAUAAGUUAAUUCGGUUAGUUUGAAGCAAAAUUUGCAUCAUAGCUCGAAGGAGUAAAUUGUAAAUUGACACAAAGGUCUGAAUGAAUUCAAUUUACAUCUUUUGACAAA